AUGCCUCCUAAGAAGGGCAAGAAGGACGACAAGGAUGGUAAACCACCAUCGAAGCGUGCAACCAGAGCCAAGACUGUAAAGAACAAGGCUGAUGCUGCCGACGGAGCUGCCGUCAAGGAUGGCGGCAAGAAGACUGCCGCGAAGCCUGCGAAGCCUACCGAGCCAACUACUCCUACCAAACCGACUACUCCCGCAAAGAAAGCUACUCCAGCAACAGGUGCCAAACGAAAGCGUACUGAUGGAGACGGCGAAGACGACGACUCGCCACCAAGAACCAGAAACCCAAAGAAACCAAAGCUCUCACCCAAGACCGCUCGGAGAGUAAAGCUCGAGUCGUAUCUGGAGGACAGAAUCAAAGACCUGGGAUUUAAAGUCGAACCUUCCAAGCACCAUGAACCUGACGACGAGGAUGAAGACGAGCCCGAUGAGGAGUGGGCCUCCAUGCAGCGUCUGCGCCAACGCUGUGACGAUCGCCUCGACGCCAUCGAAGAAGCUAUCCGUACUGUUGGUCGUGGUCAUGAAUUUUAUUCCAAUCUUGACAUUCCAGAGCGCAAGAGUGAUGAGACGCGUCACGAAAAGCGACAAAAGGACAAGGACAUCCAAGACGAUGAAGAGAUCAUUCCAAUCGCAGAAAAGAAGCGUGUGAAGGUGUCUAAAAAUUUCCCCGACGGCAGAAAGUAUCGAUCAGCAAAGCAACUGGGAGAUAUCGUAAAGCAACUGGAGAGACAACUCGGGGAUGAGUUGAAGAAUAGAAAGGUUCAGCACCCCCACGACUGGGAUAAACACGGCCUUAGCCUUCGUGAGCUGCUCGAUCUUUACAAUCGCCAAGGCGAGCAGACUCCCGCUCCUAUCCGCGACGACCUUGUCAAGAAAUGCCAAAAGUAUGGACUCAGCACUGUUGGAGAUCUCUGGGACCUGGAAAAAGCCAUGCUCAUGUACGAGCUUGCAAACAAACAACGCAUGUACGGAUUGUCGCAGGAUGCCAUCAACAAUAUCAUAUCUGCUCUUGGUGCCAUCAAGGCUCCAGUUGAUUCCGACGAGGAAGACGACGAGGACGGCGGUGACGAUAGCCACGACGCUGCUGGUUCCUACGACGACCUCAAAACUGGCGGCAAAGCAAAGGACAAGUCAAAAGAUGGCAAGAAAGAUGCCAGUGCCUCGCCGAAGGUGGAUCCGUGGGUCGAAGACACGAAACUCUUGGAACAGAAAGAGUUAAGUAUCACCAUGGGCGGUCAAUCCCACAGAUUUACCCAGGUGGACGUCGCCCCAACUGGACUUCGUUGCAUGUGGAAUACGGUCCAAUAUCUUUGGAUGGGAAGGCAAAGAGCACCGGGUAGGCUUGCACAGCAAUAUCCUGUGAACGAACGAGUACGCGACCUCUGGAAUGCCGUCAUGCAUCCUACCGAAGGCACCAACAAUCCAGCACGCCAGUUGAGGCAUGAUCUGUACGCUCGGAUGGAACAGGACAGCCAAAAUAACGACGACGGUCCACUGGAAGAACGCAUCAAAAACAGGCAACAAGGCGACGAUUACAUGCUCCAACUGGUUGCGGAUGCAUUGGAUAUCGAAAUCUUCAUGUAUACCCCUACGCACGGCCCGGACGGUACAACUACAUGGCACAGAUAUGCCAGAGGUCAACCACAGAAUGAUUCCGCACGCCAAAUCCAUAUUGUAAACUACGCAGCUCGAAACCAUUGGGCGGCUUUGACACCAGUUGGCGACGGAACCAUCGAUUUACCUGCUGUGACACAAAUGGCUAGACACCCGAUAGCCGCGGAUACCACCAUACCCAUUCCACCACUGAACCGUCUCCCGGCUGGAAACGUCAGCAACACGGAUCUCCGAGUCAAGAAAAAGCAUGGCACCCCCGAGGAUGGACAUGUCGCAGACACAACAGAGGUCGCCGAAGAGGAAGAUGACGACGAGGACGAUGAAGAUCCUGAGGAUGACGAAGAGGCCGAUUUUGAUGGAGACGGUGGUCCACCACCUCCUCCUCCGGCUGCUGGAGCCGCCGUCGCCACUGCUUCGAGCGCUGCUGCUAGAAGAUCAUCAUCAUCAGGAUCACACCCAUCCCGCAAAUCAUCCCCUCAGGCAGCUUCAGGUCAUGGUUCUCGUAGCUCGUCAUCCCAGAAGCGAGCAAGAAGACGAACACGAUCCAAGUCGAGAAGCAAAUCGCGCAACACAUCUCAGCCCAGCGGUGUGCAGAAGAGUGUUCACACACCUCAACCAUUGAACAAGAAAGCACUGAAGAAGAAUCACAAGGCCCUUCGCAAGAUUUUCCAGAGCUUCUACGUUGCGAUGCCCAGUCCUCAGAAUAUGGGAGGUGCUAUACAAUCCCCUUAUCUGCGGGCAGCCGUCUCCGGUGCUUAG